UCACCGGGUCCCAACCCGUGAUUUUUCCCGCCGGCGAUUGCUGAGUAUUACCGAAGGGGGCGAGACCUCUACUGCACACUGCUUUGUAUGGCUCUGCAUAUCAGAACCAUACAAAGCAGUGUGAUUACAGUGUAAAGCACACACACAGCACACCGUUAACCCUUUGAUUGCCCCACAUGUUAACCCCUUCCUGCCCAGUGCCAUUAGAAAAGUGUCAGUGCUUUUUAUUAGCACUGAUCACUGUAUUGGUGUCACUGGGGAUGUCAGUAACACCAAGUCAGUUCCCCCCCAGUGUCAGAAUGCCUGCCGCAGUCCCGCUAUAA